GCUUACCCGGUACAAAUAUGAAGUCAAAUAGUGCGAUAGUUCGAAAUUGUACGCAGUGAUCCCAAGAUAUGGAGGUAAUAUUCUAGGGCCUCAAGCCCUUUUAAUUACAUCCAUGAUCGAGGGAUUAAUUGGGGUCAGGGGGUUUCCGGCGGCCCUUGCAAAAUGGAAGGCCCUAGCCCCGAAGAACAAAUGGAGGUCGAAAAUGUGGGGCGGACCAUUAGUUUCCAGUCCAUGCACGCUCUCAAUGAGCUAAGGCAGCAAAAAUUACUCUGUGAUGCCAUAAUACGGCUAGAAGAUGGCAGUGCAUUUUCCAUCCAUCGUGCGCUUAUGUCGGCAUGCAGCCCAUACUUCAGGGCUCUCUUUACAACCUCCCUUCACGAAAACGAAAGAACCGACAUCCUCAUACGCGACGUUUCCUUUGAAGCGAUGCGACUUGUCAUUGAAUACGCCUACACUCGUAACACCCUGGUGGACGCGGAUAACGUAGAGAUGCUGUUGCGGACGGCCGAUUAUUUCAACAUCGAGGGAAUGCUCAAAGACUGCUGCAGCUUUCUGAUGACGGAAAUCGGUCCAAGAAAUUGCUUCGGGAUAAAGAAAUUCGCCAGUUUUUACGGCUGCGUAGAACUUGAAAGGGAAAUCCACAAUUACAUCAUGAGAAACUUUGUUGAUAUUGCUCAUGCCCCUGAUAAUGAAGAGCUACUAAAUCUCCCUGCGGACGAAAUGUGCGAGAUUCUCGGCGCCGAUAACCUGAACGUGAAAAACGAGGAAGUCGUUUGGGAAACAAUGCUCAACUGGAUUGAAAGGGAUCCUCAGAAUAGAAAACAACAUAUUCACAAGUUGAUGAAACAGAUCAGACUUGGACUUCUAGAAACGUCAUAUUUCGUCGAAAAGGUGAAAAACCAUCCGUACGUAAUCGAAAACGAGGACUGCCGCCCGCUGAUCAUCGAGACGCUCAAGUUCAUCUACGACCUGGAGAUGAUCACACAGAGGGACGGUGAGGUGACCACUCCGGAGCUGGCCAGGCCGCGCGUACCGCACGAGAUUCUGUUCGCCAUCGGCGGCUGGAGCGGCGGCAGCCCGACCAACUUCAUCGAGACGUACGACACGCGCGCCGACAGAUGGGUCAAGGUGAAGGAGGUGGAUCCGUCGGGACCACGCGCCUACCACGGCACGGCCGUCAUCGGCUUCGACAUCUACGUCAUCGGCGGCUUCGACGGCAUGGACUACUUCAACUCGUGUCGCUGCUUCAACGCCGUGACCAAACAGUGGCGCGAAGUGGGACCAAUGAACGCCAGAAGAUGCUACGUCAGCGUGGGUAUUUUGGACGGCUACAUUUACGCGAUGGGCGGCUACGACGGCCACCACCGUCAGAACACGGUGGAGCGCUACAACCCCCGUACCAACCAGUGGUCCAUGGUGGUGCCCAUGCACAUGCAGCGCUCCGACGCCUGCGCCACUACCCUCAAUGGGAAGAUCUACAUCGCGGGCGGCUUCAACGGCCAGGAGUGCAUGAACUCGAGUGAGAUGUUCGACCCGGAGACCAGCCAGUGGACAAUGCUGGCGCCGAUGCGGUGCCGGCGCUCGGGAGUCUCUUGCAUCGGCUACCACAACCAGCUCUACGUGCUCGGUGGAUUCAAUGGAAUCUCGAGAAUGUGCAGUGGAGAGAAGUAUAACCCCGAGACGGAAACGUGGACUCCGAUUCCGGACAUGUAUAAUCCGAGGUCGAACUUCGCCAUCGAGGUGAUCGACGACAUGAUAUUCGCCAUCGGUGGAUUCAACGGCGUAACGACCAUCUAUCACGUGGAGUGCUACGACGACAAGAACAGCGAAUGGUAUGAAGCAACCGACAUGAACAUCUAUCGGUCGGCGCUGUCGGCGUGUGUCAUCAUCGGGCCGCCGAACGUCUCCGAUUACAUCCACAAACACAGAGACAAACUGAUGGAGGAGAAACGACAGAAGCUGCUGGCGCUCCAGAACAACCAGCGAACCUGAGCGCCGAAACAAACAAAUAAAAAACGACAACAAAGGGUUACUUUCGGUUCAGUUCGGCCAACAUUUCGUGACAAAAGGGAAGGGUGUAAAAUUUAUUGUUAAAUUGAAUGCAUAUGAAUAAAUUUAUACGUUAAAUGAG